UCCCAGACGUCACUCUGGAGGUAGGGCCAGAGGCCAAAAGCAGAGGGGGGAAGAAGCUUCAUGAAUCACCUGAACCCAGGGUUAACCAGUUGUUAGGGAGAUCUAGAAACAGGUGAGGUGUAAAAUGAGUGAAUUCAGGACCUGCAGAGGUAGAAUCUGGGGUUGAAGGAGCUGUCUCUGUUCAGCUCUUCUGAUUAGGCAUAGGACCAGACCAAGGCAGAGGACUCCCUUUUCUCUUGCUGGUGAAAUCAGUCCAUAAUCUUCUAAGAAGGUAGAAAUCGACACAGUCCCAGGCUAUCUGAUUCAUCUCCCCCCCCAAAACACAGGUAAGGAGGGGUCCCGGGGUGAAAACUCUUAUCACAGAGUAAGAGACAGGGUGGUGGCCAGCAAAGCCAUCCUGUCCAAAUGUGGACUUUGCAGGGAUAGGUUCAUGGCUGCCAGGCCUUUGCCCCCAGGACACCAGGAAGAGGACACUACCAAAGACCCAGGGCUAAAGUUGUCACCAGUACGGCCCCUAGGCCGCCUGCCCAGCAUCGAUGAAGCCGGGCCAGCGUGUGUGGGUCCCGCCUCCCGCCGCGCCUCGGUGGUGGGCCUGGCCUCAUCCUUCUCACGCCGCAGCUCACUGGCUGGUCCAGGCGCAGGUGCUGGAGGUCGGCGACCAUCGGUGGGUCCCGUGCCCCCUCUAGGCUCACGGGUCAGCUUCUCGGGAUUGCCCCUGGCGCCCAUCGGGCGGGUGGCACCCUCUUACCGCAUGGAACCUGCGCCUGGCGAGCACUGGGAAGCCGCCCGUGCACAGCGCGCUCUGGAGGCGGCACUGGCCUCCAGGCUGCGAGACAUCUGCUACUCCGGCUCGGAGGCAGGUCCACUGGCUCAGGAGCUCUGUGAGCACCUACGCAUGCGCUUGCGUGAACUCUGCCCGCCGCGCUACAAGCUGGUGUGCAGUGUGGUGCUGGGGCCACGCGCCGGCCAGGGUGUGCGCGUGGUCAGCCGGGCGCUCUGGGAUGCAGCGCAGGACGGGCUGGCCUCUGCCACCUACACCAAUGCCUCGCUCUUCGCCGUGGCCACGGUCCACGGGCUCUACUGUGAGUGAGAAAGCCUUGGAGUUCUGCA